AGUUCGAUAUUCUUAUUGCUUUAUUUUAUUAGGAAUAGCAAACCAUUUAUCCGUAUUUUUUGAAUUAGCGACCUAAUCCUGCGUUGGCCAAAGCUCAAGCAACCGGAAAAGCACGGGAUCGCCGACGGCCAAGGACGUAAAUCACGGGAAAGUCGGGAUGUGGCCGCAAACGCUGGAAUUGUCGCGGGACGAGUGCCGAGGCAUGCUGCGUCGACUGGAACUCGAGUCCUAUUCGCAUGUAGUGAGCGUUUUUCGCGCCCAAGGAGCCCUCAGUGAAACGAAGGCGAAACUGCUGGAGGAGCUGCGCCAGCAGUUCCACAUUAACCAGGAACGCCACAGGGCGGAAGUGCGGAGGGCGGCCAACGACGAGCAGCUCUGCACCAUAGCGGAAAAUGUUUGUGGGCCCAACACCUGGCAGGAGUGGUCGCGCGAGGGACGACGCCUCUAUCCUCUUCUUCCCAGGAUUAGUCCACAAACUGCGCUGAGCAUCGUUGCCAAUGACCUGGCAGCCAAAGCCUGCGAGGAAAACGCCAAAUUGGCUGCUCCGGCCGAAACGGCGGUCUAUUUUGGAGAAGCCCUCGUGGAGCAGGCCUCGCUGAUGAGCCUGAAAUAUCCGCGUGGUGCCAGGACCCAGGACACCGCCAUGGUGAUCAUGUCGGAGCCGUUCAAAGUUCCCGAUCUGCCCAACGAGGUGAAGAAAAUGACGCAGAAGCGCAAGGAGAACGAUAGCGGAAUGGACGGCAAGCCGAACAAGAAGCGGCACAUGCAGCAACCACAUCCGCAGCAGCCGCAUCUGCCGGCUUCGCAGCAGCAGCAGUCACAGCAGCUGAAUCCACUCUCGAAUCCCGGCAUGGAGGAGGCAGAUCCCGUGCUGCCAGAGAAGCGGCUGACUGCUCGGACCCUACAGCAGCGCUACUUCUACCAGCAGCAGAUGAAGCACAAGCAGCGACUGACCAGCAAACGGAAUCUUGCCAACAGACUGGGUUCACCCUCCGCGCAGUCGGGCAGUCCCUUGGGCGGCAGGAACAUGCCCAGCUCCGGUAUAGACACUUCGACAGCUAAGCGAAGUGCCGCACCUGCCAAGAGCGGCAGACGAGCGCAGAAGCAACUGCAACAGCAGCAGCAACAGAAGUUGCAGCAACACCAGCAACAGAAAGUAUUAAUGCAGUCGCAGGAGACGGUGCCCAAUCACAUGGUGGUGCAGCCGCACGUGGAGUAUGUGCUGGAUGAGGCGCUCAAGACGCUGGCAGCAUCCAAUCCUCCCACGCCCGCGUCCACAGCCGCUCCUCCAUAUACCAUCCUAAAUGAGCCGAGGCCACUGGUCACGCUGAAGCCUCUGAAGACCAUAAAACCUAUGAUCUAUGGGCCACAAAGUGGUAUGCCCUCCGCCGAAAUUGGAUCCCCCACAACGCCAGGCUCUCGCGGAUUCACCAACUCUCCCAUAGUGUUUAAGGAGAAGUUGCAGGCGUCACCCGUGCAGGUGUCCACACCGGGUCAAGGCUCGCCCACCAAGAAGUUUGUGGCGGAGGAACGACAUGCGGAUGCGAUGUCCUCUGCGGUCACUACGCCCACUCCCAUUUCCACCGCGAAUCUUCCAUUGGCGCCGCAGAUAAUCAGUGUUCAGAAGAUCCCAGCUCCGUCGAUGGGCGGCAAGCUGAGAGCAGCCGUGGCCUCGCCCACCAGUUCCGCAAACUCCACGCUCCUGCCACCGGGCGCCAAGACAACGCCCAAGAAGUUCAACAUCCUUGAGGGCGAUGCCAAGCCCAAGACCUUGCCCAGUUCGGCGGUUCGCCUGCUUCCGUACACGGAACCCAUAGGCGGUCCCUUGUCGCCGCUUAAGGACUCCAGGGUCACUCCCUUAAGCAGCGCCUCCACCGUCAACAUCAUCAAGAAUAUACCAGCUAGUAGUUUAAACAACACAUUGAUCACUCCGCUGCCCUCAGCCGGCACCACCAUGCCGGCGAAUCUCUUCAGAGCGAAAGUAACGCCGCCAAUCAAAGGAGCCAGCGUUGCUGCAGGCGGCGCAGCCGUUAUUGGUGCCGCCGGAGCAACAGGAAUCGGUGGAGCAGGGGCUGGGCCUCAGAUACUAGGGAAUAUCAAACUAACCAGUAGCUCGGGCGGAGCAGCCACUAUUAAACAGGUACCCAGCAGUGCGCUGCGGAACAUAAAGAUUUGCUCGCCCAACGGGAAGCUAUUUCUGCAGCCGGGUAAGCUGCCAGCCGGAAGCAUUAUUCACAAGUUCAAUAACGCAAGCAGCACUGCGGUGUCUGCGGCGGGAGGAGUUGUGACCACCACCACCACCACUGUAUCGCCCACAAAGCAGCCGGCGAGGGAGCAGAGGAUCAGCAUACAAAAGAUACUCCAGCCGGCGACAGGAAGCGCCAGUAGCGGAAGCAGCAGUCCCACCACCACCACGACGACCAUAUCCGGCUUGACGGCCAGUGCCAAGCAGCCAGGUUUGGGCAGCAAGCCGACCACGCUGACCUUCGCCACUGCGGGCGGUGGUAAGAACAAUCUGGUCUUCCUGCCAGCGAGUGCGGCGAGUGGCAUGCGGACACUCACCCUGGCCACGAAGCCCAAGUCCAAUGUGCUGGUCAUCGGGGCGAGCACCACGCCAGCCAGUGCCGGGUCAUCUCCCAAUCCCUCAGGCGGCACCAAGCCCAAAGCCAACCAACUCAUCACGGAGGACACGCCCAUCGAUAUUAUAAACAUGCCCAUCAUUGUGGCAGACAACGGCACCGCUGCGGAGCUGAAUCAGGCGUCGGUGAAGAACUCGCCACUGGUCGUGUUCAAUGCCACCGACUGGGAGAUGGAGCUGGAUCAGGCAGCCACCAAGUCUGCCAGCACGACCUCGAAACAGGCUCUGGACGAUGUGAUCAUCGAGGAGGACGAGGACACCGAGGAGGAGGCAGGGGAGCGCAGUGAGCAGCCAUCUACCAUGGACCUGAACAAUAGCAUAAUUGAGCUGCACCCGGAGGAUGACAGCGCCAUCGAGUACGUCGACAUGGACCUGGAGCAGCCCAUCGAGAUUGAGAGCACCAGCAACAUAUCGCCAGAGACGGCCACCACCACGCUGAAGGCAGCCAUCGUCUCGACAUCCCCCCAGCAGCAGCAGCAAAAGAAGCAUCCGCCCCUGGAGCAUCCACUGGGCGCUGGAGCGGGAGCAGGAACAGGAAGCAGCACGGGAGCAGCUGUCCAAUCAGCAAUUAAGUUACCCUAAACGCUCCCCAUUUCGAGAUAUUCGAGUGAGAGAACGCACACACACAGCAGACCCGGUUUUAAUUAGAUUUAGUUGGUAGUUUAGCUUGAAUGUCGAAGGUUUUCCCACUAAUUUCUAAUUAUCGCAACCCGCAGCCUUGGAGAAAAGUGCAAGAUUAUCGUAAGCAGCUCUACAUGCCUGUUGGUUUAAUCGCUCGCAAUAGUUAAGUUGCCAAAUCACACAACCACCGCUGUUCUAAACAUAGUAUCGUUUAGUGAAAAGUAUACCCUGGAAUUCGUGUUAGUUUUAGUUUAGUUACGCGCCCAUUUCAUCCGCCUGCAAUCUUGGGAGCCCGGAGUCGAUCACCUCCCUCCUGUAAAUAGGGCAGCUGCCUCUGCGGACUACCUUAAUUUGUAUAGCUUGUAAAUAGAUUCCACACUUCGCCCCAAACCCCCUUUCCCCUUCACCACACCCUUUACCUAGCAUAAUUUCAUCCUAAUUUAGUUGCCUAGACUAGCGCAGAAUUAAGCAAAACAAACAAAAGAAUUCGAGCAGCACGCAGAGAGCGAGGAAAUUGUUUAAAUGUUCAACUUGAAAGAUUCUUAAUUGUAUGAGAUUAUAGACCCUAGUUGACCCAAUCCGAACCCGAACAUGUAAAUAUCUGAUGAAUUUCGAAAUGCAAGCCCCUGCUAUCGCACCCACAUAUAAAUAUACACUUGUAUAGAGACCUAGUUCGGCUAAGGACCACACAUGUUUAAUCUGGAAAGGAAGGAGACCCAUGCCACACACACACUCAUUACCGAUUUAUAGAUGUUAAGUAUUUUAUGCGUCGAUUUUGUAAAUCCAAAUCUUAAGAGGAACGUUGUAACUUUCGACCAAGGUCCAAAAACAAAACACGGAAAAGGAAGAAGCAUCUAAACAGGGAAUCCCCCUCUACGAGAAGUGAAAAGUGUAAUACAAAAUAUUGUUGAACGAUGCGUGUCGCUGUAAAAUUUUUAGCAUAGAACUUUUAAACGAAAUAAAUUUAAAUGUAACAAAA